UGUAUGUAUAUAUAUAUAUAUAUAUAUGCAAAACAGUCGUCCACGAAUUGUUUCGUAUCCAUCUAUAGAAGGACAAUUUGCAUGUUUGAUUGUGGGCUCGCUGAUAAAUUGUUUUGUGGAAGUGUCAUUUCCAAACAUUUUUUCGAGCUUCGCACGACAGAUCUCUAUUAAACAAUCUUAGUCUUUUCCUUUAUAAAUGUGAUGAUUUUUUUCUUUAACGUUCCUUACGGUUUUAUUUAUAAGCCGAAACGACAUUUCUCGUGUAAAGUUGAUAAUCGAUUUGGUAAUUUUUUAGUAUUGUUUAUACGAGUUUUCGAUGAAUAAUCAAUCAAGGAUACCUUUCAUUAAUUUUAUCGAACAUACCAACAUCACGCGAGUUCGUGACAUUUUAGCGAUGAUGAAAACAAAUUACGUAAAGAGAUCAAUCAAUUACAGAUAAUCAAAUAAAGUCUAAAUAAUACAAUAUCAAAUAGGAAAACCAUGAAUAUUCAAAAAUUCCAAAAAUCCCCAAAAUCGAUAAUUAUAGUCAGCCACUCGAUUCCAGGAAAGCCACUUUACGAACAGUUACACGAUUUUACGAAAUCACUCAAAAAAUCUUCCCGUAUCAAUUAUUUUCUCCGGAACUUUUUUCUUCAUAAAUCACAGCCAAUUACAUGCAAAAACAUAUAUGUAUAUACACACACUUUUACCAGAUUGGAAUCUUCUGACAUGUUCACGGUCAUCGUGCAGUUGCUAUACUGUAGUAUAUUUCUCCAAGGAUCCUAGAAUCGACUUUCGGUUUGGUGAUGACGCGAAGUGAAGGCGACCAGUUCAUCGUUGUCUGUCAAGGUUUCCAGUUCUCUUGGAACUCGUGCGUGUUAUCGUGGGACGCCCCAGAUACUCGUGGACGAGCAACAAAUCGGUUUUUAAGUCGCCACGAUUGUCAGUCAUUUCUCGACUACCGUCGAUGGUCGCAAUGGUAUUGCGGAGUUAGCACAGUUAUGAAUGCGCGCAUUGUACUUUUGGUGGCCUUCUUGUUGACUGAUCUAUCAGCGUCGCCGGCCGAUCAGAACGACGCUGGCAGAUUGAAAAGAAGCCCACAAUGGGGAUCUUCCCCUGAUCCUCCUGGUCGUGGACGAAACAAAUUUAAUGCACAACGAGGUCCUCCAGGUGGUCGAGGGCCUCCUGGACUACUUGGUCCACCUGAAUUUCCACCUGGAUUAUAUCGUGGUGGUGGUCAUUCUGGAUUUCCACCUGGAUUGAAUCGUGGUGGUGGUCCUCCUGGACUUCCACCUGGAUUAAAUCGUGAUGGUGGUUCUCCUGGACUUCCACCUGGAUUAAAUCGUGGUGGUGGUCCUCCUGGAUUUCCACCUGGAUUAAACCGUGGUGGUGGUCCUCCUGGACAUGGACCCCCUGGACAUGGGCCUCCUGGACAUGAGCCUCCUGGACAUGGGCCUCCUGGACAUGGGCCUCCUGGACAUGGUCCUCCUGGAUACAGUCCUGUUGAUGAUCCCAACCCAGAACAGCCUGGUUCUCCUGGUACUGUGCAUAGAUAUGGACCACCUGAUGAUGGACGACCUGAAUUUCCACCUGAAUUUCCAUCUGAAUUUGCAGAUGAUGGUCCACCUGGUUUAUAUAAUAAAGUUGAUAAAGAAAGACAGAAUUUCGACCAUGACAAGGACAAACCACAGAAAAACCAGAACGUACCAAAAGAUUCACCUUCGAGAGAUGGUACACCGCGUGAUGAUGAGGAAAUCGAGACACCUAUUGAACGAUUUUCUGAUGAAAAAUCUCGGUGCAGGAAAAACGAGUUCCGUUGUGGAAGCGGCGAAUGUUUACCGAAGACAGCAAGGUGCGACGAUAAAUUCGAUUGUCGCGAUUUGAGCGACGAGCGCGAAUGUGUCAAAAAAUCGGAAAACGGCUGCGUCCUUCCCGAACAACCCGAAGGUGGAAGUUACGAACUGGGUGGCUGUGGUAAACCUUGCCCGAAACGUCCCGGAGAUAAAGUUCCUAGUAACAGCAUUCUGAAUUACACCUGUCGGCACAAUUACAUUUUGAACGGAAGUGCUGUUCCUGUUUGCUUCAACGACAAAUGGUACAACCUGCACUCGUGUCUCAGGAUGUGUCCACCAUUGAACAGUACCACGGUGAAUAUUUUAUGCACGUACCAAGGAAACGAAGUGUCUUGCACCGAUCGAAUUAAACCUGGAACGGUGGCGACUUUGUCGUGCAAAUCGUCUUACAAAUUGUCCGUGACGAAUGACCCAGCGUAUCGUACAGUCACUUGUCUAGAAGACGGAUUAUGGGACCGUCGUCUUUUCCGUUGUCUUCCAGAGUGUGGAAUACCCAUUUCACAGGGUAACACGUUGGUCGUGAACGGAUUCGAGGCAAAGUUCGGAGUAUUUCCGUGGCAUGUUGGCAUCUACCGCAAAAACUCAGCAAACGAGUACGAGCAAAUUUGCGGGGGCACACUUAUAAGCAACAAUCUAGUUGUAUCAGCUGCCCACUGUUUCUACGACGAGGUGUACAAUACAGUGCUUGACAAAUCGAAGUACGCGGUGGCAACGGGCAAGCACUAUCGCGAUUGGAACGCGGACGAGAAUUACGAGCAAAAAUCGAUGUUGGCCGAGAUUUUGACACCGGAACGAUAUAUAGGGGCGAGAGGAAAUUUCGCUCAAGAUAUAGCCCUUUUGAAAUUGACUAGUUCUUUCGAGUUAACCGCUCAGGUGCGUCCGAUCUGCAUGGAUUGGGACAAUAUGUACGAACGGAAACAGCUGCAAGUUGGCCAAAACGGAAAGGCUGUUGGCUGGGGCAAAACGAUUGAAGAUAUGCCUAGUAAGGUCCUGCAGGAAGUGAGCUUGCCGUAUAUACCGUAUGACCAAUGUUUAUUGGCUGUACCAUCUGAUUUCCGGGGAUACAUUACGUCUGACAAGUUCUGUGCCGGUAAUUUGAACGGUUCCAGUCUCUGCGAAGGUGACAGUGGAGGAGGACUGUUCUUUCAAAUGGGGGAAACCUGGUAUCUACGCGGUAUAGUUAGCGUCAGCCCAGUGAAGGACUAUAAGUGUAAUUACCACACCUACACGGUGUUUACCUCGACUGGUUUUUUCCGGGAUUGGAUUCGCGACGCUUUUAUCGCUACUUAAACAACACGCACGUUCACUCGUUUUCGUAAACUUACAAGUUCGUUCAAUGAUCGAGAAUUGAGCGAUUCCGCACCUGAUGAACAGCGAGAGUGUGUUCGUCACAAUGGCUUUCGUCUGAGAAUGGAAAACGUCACCUCAAAUGAGAUGAGAGUACGUCAUUGUAGAAAAUGUUAUCUUCGAAACGUUACUUCGUUACAAGCACCAGCACUGCUUUUACAUCGGUGAAAAUUUGCACACCUUGGAAAGAUUAGUUUAAGUACGUUGAUCUGGAAUAAUUAUUUCGAACGAAUAAACUUUCUAUUUUUAAAUAAAUUAGAUAAGUCGAUUUAUGUUGAUCAAUAACUUGAAAAAGUAUUUCUCGCGAAUUCCUUUUAGAAAAUAUUUUCUAUCAUUUAUGUGAUUAUCUCGUCUAAUAAAUUUCGUAACAUUUCUAAUUUUUCCAAUAUCAUGCGCGGUUCGUAAACCUUGGCAACUUGGCAAGCGACUGCUAAUCUCGUGUAAAUCGUACUUUCAGUUUUCAGGAGUGCAAUUUUAUAGGGUAUACGUGCAAUAUUUUUUGCGCGUCGUGUUUUCGCAGCAAUCUCGCCGCGAUAAACGUUUUACCAGAGCAACGGCACUGUAACACAAACGGGCAAAGACAUUUCGAUGAUUCACCAAAAAACAAAAAAAAAAAAAAAAAAAGAGUGCUGUUUGAUCUACGACAAAAGCGCGAUGGCUGUGGCGCUGAAACGGUCCAACCGGGCUCUAGAACGAAUACUACCUUUGAUAUUGGCUUUAUCCGGCCAGGGAUCUAAAUUAGCACUAGCUCGUUAUUUAUAUCGCAACUCCGUUAUUUAUGACUCCGGCUCGCCGCUACAUGAACUUUUUUGUCCGAUCCGAAUGUAUCGUAUUUCCCGUAGGAAUUUCCAAACGGUGUCGAGAUUUUUUUUAUCUACGACGAUGUUCUGCACCGUAAUCCGCGUUGACUUUUAUUUCACGGCUUCGUCGGCUUCGAUCACUUUCAUUUGCGGAUAAAUUCAACUACGAAAUGUGUUUACCGUUAAUAGAUUUUUUAAUUAGUCCAUUAAGAAGAACGCAUAUUUAUAGCGAAGGAAAUUGAUGCCAGUUUUAUAGAACGGUGCACGAAAUUGGGAAAAGUCAUGUCUUUUUUUCUGUUUCUUGUUAGAAACAAAUGUUAGAGGACAAAAAGGAAAAUGGUUCCAGAAGGACUAGUUCCAUCUCUUUAUCAAUUUAGGAUCGUAUAUUUUCGUGAUUACAGUAGGACGUAUAUGUGCAUUACGAAGUUGCAAUAUAUUGCUUAUAAAUUAUACAUGAAAUUUGUUAUUGAAAUAAUGUAAACUGUUUGGUUUUCGUAUUAGUAAGAUACUAUGAAUUUUGAAUGUGAAGUAAACCGUAUGUGAAUGUGAAACGACGAUAACGAACAGCGAAAAUAUCGUGGGGAUUAGAUCUUAUUAUGGAAUAUUGUACAUUUUUUAAAAGGAAAACAAUUUUGAAAUUUUGUUAUUCACCGAAAGUUAUCUUGAUCUAACAUUUAAAACUAGACUGUAAUAUCUAGGAUAGCUAAACAGAAAAUUCCAAUUGAACAGUAUUUUAGCAAUUAAAAACAUCACAUGUUGGUGAGUCAUAUUAAAAGAUUAGAUGUGAAUGUGUAAAUCUAGCAUUGCUAAUUCCAAGUCUAUUUAAUAUUAUCUACUGUUUACGAUCAAGAUUUGCAAUAUUGAAAAAUUCUUACUCAUCUUCUAGCGCGUAUGAUGCUGCGAAGUUAUUCUAUUUAUAAUACGAGAUUGUACGUAAUCAACGAGACAAAUUAGAUAAGAACGAAAUCGUAUUUUGAUAUGAACCAAGGAUCGCAGAAUCUGCGUGUAAUGAUGGUCCAAUCACAUUGGUCUGCCUAAUACGAUAACAAUUAAUUAUUUAAUUAGCUGGUUUACAAUCGUCGACGUCGAAUAUUGACAGAAUGCUGGUAUUGAGCAGUGUGCGAGGCGCGGUAUACAUUUGUGGCAAUCGAUGUUUGCUUUGCAUACUAUUCAUACGUUUAUGGCUGACGCGUGUUUGCCCAUUUGUGAACGGGCUUGCGAUUGUGCAACUAAAGGGGUAGAUGGAUUAUUUGAUAAAAUUGAUACUCGACGUUUAAAACUUUUGUACGUAUCACGGACAGCAUGAAUACGAAUACAGCAAAUAAAAACGA